CUACUGGAAUGCGCAUUCAUACCGAGCAUCUCUGCGACGCCAAAGGCGCAACUGGCACCUGUACGGACAAACGAAAAUUGCUUGUCGCGCGGCCUGGCGCUAUUCGGGCUAUUCCCUCCUCUCCACCUAACUACACGACCGCCCUGAACAGUUGGGCGGUGUCGUUUGCCCGCGAUACUUUAGCAAAACUGGACAAGACUGGUUCGCCGUGUCUUUCGUUGGAGCACUCCCCACUUGCUCCCAGCCCAGGAUUUUAGAUAAUGAAUAGCAUGCAGAUGCAAGGGCCAUUCUUUGGAGUGCCGCUGCGGGUUCUAUGCGAGCGGGAUGCAGUCGAGGUACCAAUUAUCCUCGGCGACCUGCUGCGGUGGCUGGCCACGCGCGCGCUGUCGACGCCCGAUGCCUUUGCGCAACCGGCGAAGAGCUGCGCGACGAGCCAGCUGAAGAUCGCUAUUGAUUCUGGCGUGCCUGUCGCCGACCUAUUGGAAGCGUGCCACCCCGCAGUUUCAGAGGUGGGCAGUCUGCUCAAGCUCUGGCUGCAGGACCUCCCGGACCCGCUUCUCAAUUGGGACGAGCAGGUGGAGCUGUUGUCGGCCUGCAAGGAUGAGGGUAGCAUCGAGCAGCGGGUGUCCGCCCUCAACGACGGGCUUGCCAUGAUCGACCACUACACGUUGGCAACCCUGAAGCCGCUGCUGCUGUUCCUGCAGCAGUACUGCUUCCGCCAGCGGCGCUUCGACUGCCAGCUGCUGCAGGUGGCGGUGGCAAUGGCGCCCAUCCUCUUCCCCGCCGCGCUGUCCGCCGGCGCGCCCGAGCUCCGGCUGGCGGAGGAGACUGUGGCCACUCUGGUGUCCAACGCGCUGCACGUCUUCAACCCCGCCCUGGCUGUCAACGUGCCGGUGGUGACGCCGCAGGCGCUGUGCGAGGCCGCGGCGGAGAUGCAGCAGCAGCAGCAGCAACAGCAGGACGAGGAGGAGCAGGAGCAGGCGCUGCAGCAAUGCGUCGCGCAGCAUCAGGCGGUGCAGGAGCAGCAGGAGCGCCUGCAGUACACCUCGCACACCUUUUGCGCCGACGGCAGCAGCAGCAGAGCCGCGGUCGCCGUCGCCGCUGCGGCGGCGGCGGACGCGGCGGCCGCGGCCACCCUGCCCUCCAUGGACUCUGAUGACUACGAGCCGCACCUGCACGACAUCACCUUCCUUGCCUCUUUCGACUCCAUGGUCAGCGCCUCCGUCACCGACGCCCUGUUUGGCGAUGACGACGAUGACUACCACCACUUCAGUGACGCCGCCGUGGCCGCCGGCGGCGCGGGCCUGGCGGCGGCGGCUGCCGGCGAGAGCGCCGCCGCGGCGUGGGCGCUGGUGGUGGCGGCGGAGGACGACUCGUGUGCCGCCAGCGACGUGUCGAGCUGGUCGGCCACGCAGGUCCUCAGCAGCGGCGGUGCCGACAGCGGCGGCAGCAGCCGCGCGGGCAGCGGCGGCGGUGAGGAGCAGCCACAGCGCGUGCAGCCGCUGGUCGUGCCGGCGCCGCAGGGCCUCGGCAGCAUUGGCGGCGCCAGCGUUGGCGCCCUCGACCUCGCGCCGUACAGCCCCGGCGCCGUGCUGGUGACGCCGCCGCCGCCGCCUCUGGCGGCGGCGGACGACGCCAAGGCGCGGGCGGCCGGCGGCGACAGCAGCAGUGCAGCGGCGGCGGCUGUCGCCGCCGCCGCCGGUGUCAUCAGCGCCGCAGUGGCCGCCGUCGCGGCCAAGACGUCGUCCGCAUCCGCCGCCGCGGCGGCGGUGCUGGCGGAGCUCGCGCGGCGCGAGAUCGGGACCAGCAACGGCAGCGGCGCGUUCUGCGUCAUUUCCGCCCAGCCCGCCACCACCACCGCUGCGAACAGUCCUGGAGCGGUGCUGUCAGCCACCAACACCAACAAGCAGGGCGCGGCGCAGCAGGCGCCGUCGUCGCAGCUCUCCAAGAAGCAAAAGCAGCAGCCUCCGGUGCCUCAGCUGAGCCCGCUGCAGAUUGAGAUGGCGGAGUACCUGCAAGAGCAGGAGGCCCUGAUCGGCGGCCCCGCGCCGCCCACGCCGCGCCGCAUCACCGAAGGCGGCGCCGGCGCCGUGCCGCCGCCCUCGCCUUCCCACGGCGCCGCCCAUGGCCACGGCGCCCACGCCCACGCCGGUAACGCCACUGCCGCCCGUGCCCUGAGCCGCCUGGUGGUCGCCAACAUUCCCACCGCCACGAUUGGUGACGUGGUCGCCAGUCGCCAGCGCCGCAUGACCAUGGGCGGCGGCAGCAACGGCGGCGCGCCCACGGACGCACCUCGCUCGCCCGCCAGCUCGUCAGGCGGCGGCUCCGCCGCCGCCUCGCCUCGCCACCACGGCUCGUACCAGGGGCACCACGCCCACCCCGUGCACUACAUGAGUGUGCAGAUCCCGCGGCGGCAGACCAUGGGCGGCCGGCGCAGCAGCGGCGGAGGCAGCAACAGCAGCGGAGGCGGCGCGCGCCGCAGCAGUGGCGGCGGCAGCGGCAGCGCCUCGCCCGUAGGCAGCACUCCCGCCACGCCCCUGGCCCUCCUCUCGCCUGCUCUGACCCCCACUGCCGACCCGCACGCAUUCAACACCACCACCACCACCACUGCGAUCGCAGCCGCGGGUGUGGUGGAGCUGGGCUGUGCCGGCCACUUUGCGGUGGCGCUCAACACGGGCGACAAGACACUGGCUGUGCGGGAGCUGCGCACGCCCGAGGCGCAGGCGCACCGCGUGCCCAUCCGCAGCCUCACGCCGGCUCAGCAGCAGCAGGAGAAGGAGCGCCUCAAGCGCCAACUCAAGGACGUUUCGCACGCGUUUGAGGCUCUUGCAGGCCAGCCGCUGACUCCAGCCCUGAAGGAGCCGCUGCGCCCGGUCUACGUGCGGUACCACAAGAUCAAGGCGCUGCUGGCGCUGCCGGCGGCGCCCGACGGCGGCAAGGCGGCGGUGGGGGCCAGCCCCAAGCUGGUCCUGUCCACGCCCCCAGCGGCUGUGGUGCUGUGAGGGAGCGGGCGGCUGACAGCACCAGGAGGCAUGCAGGCGGCGCUGUGCGCAGGCAGGUUUCGUAUGAUGUUAGUAGAUUGGUGUGGCGUGACUUGUUCCCCUUUCGUGUGUUUAAUGUUCCACUAUGUUCGUUAGCGUGCAGCUCUGUGCGAUACGGAAGCACUGCAACAGCUCGGAAAGCGAGCCGGCAGGGUAAGGCUAUUGAGCCACGUGAGAUGAGCGUGGGGUUAGAGGCACUGGGUUAGAGGGUGCGCGAUUGAUUUGCGAUCCAGCGGCGGGGCAACACAUAGGUUCCCAGGUGCAUUCAUUGUCACUAGAGAAGGCAUGCGCAGCUCCGGCAACGGUGCGUGUGUAUGGGCCUGCUGAUUGCAUUGAUUCCCCAUAGCAGUAACUGCCUGAUUUAGCACCGGUGUUUGCCCAUUCACCACUUAGGCGUGAGUCAACCCCUUAGAUGCACGUGCAAUGGUCCGUGCGAGACCCCGACAGAAACUCUACCUAAUCUUUAGAACCUUGGGCGCGAGAUUGAGAACCGUGUGAUGCCGAGGUUCAUGUUGGUGUGUUUUGCUACCGGAGAGUGGUGCGGAGGGAGCAGGCGGAAGGCGCACCACUGCAGGAGCCGGUGCACACGUUUGACUGGCGACCUGUUUAGUGUGAAUUAGCUAAUGAUGACACCCUCAUAGGAUGACUGGUUGGGAUAGCAGGCCGAUUGAUUAGACCUGGUAAGCGGCCUCAUUUAACAUGCCCGCUAUAGUGCGUCGUGCUGAUUGGGCCGGCGCGGACGUUGAUUGAUGCCAUGUGUGUGGGCGCUAGCAAGAAGGAUGGCCAUGGAGGACGCGGGUGCACAAAGGAGUGGUGCAGGGCGGGGACGUGCCCGCCGAGGUGGGGCUUUGUGAGAAGCACCGUAGGCUCUGUCGCCACCCUUGAGGUGCCGCGAGGGACUUUAGGAUGUAACUCCCGACACGU